ACGUAGAGUCCGGGUCCGGCUUUGGUGACGGCACUGAUUGAACAUCCAGAUCUCCUCACACCAGCCCUGGCACUGAUGUUUCGACCAUUGGUGUCCCUUCUGCUACUGAUGUCUGCCCUUCGGGUCUCGCCGUUGGCGAAUGCAGAUCAGGAUCUGAAACGGGGUCUGGAUAUGGGUCUGUUAAUGGAUCUGGUUCCCUCUGUUCUGCUUUUGGAAGCGUCCCCAUUUCUUGCGCAGGAACGGCCCCCGAUUCGACCUAAUGCCGAUGGCUACCUACCAUUUCAGCCGUACGGUGAACAGCUCUGGAUUGAAAACAAAUGGUAAAUUGAGCACAUGCAUCUCAGCGGAGGUAUUUGCCGUGGGAGCAGAACGUGCUGGGCUUGUUUUGCCUGAGCAGCUCCGUUGCAAGUAGCAGGAUUCCGAGGUACGGAGCAACCGCUCUGUCCUUGGAUUCGUUUCCCUCACAGGAAUCCAUUCGAUCAUGCUUCAAUCUUGGUGUCCUUCAG